AUUGGGAGACCCAGACUUCUCAGUGGCGUAUAGAACCGUGAAGAACAGGUACCUGUGCUAAUCACUGACUAAUACAUCUUUCCACCAACCGCCAGCAUGGCAUCCCAAGCUACCAUACUCCGUCCUCUUGGUCGAACAGAAAACGCAAUGAAUGUCAUGCACGAGAACGGCAACAUCACCAACGUAUUUAGCGUGUGGGUCAACACGAAGACUCAUUUGCCAGAUGCCACGUGGGAGCGCUCUCUAACUCUGCUUCAGAAGAAUUUUCCAACGCUUAGACUACGAGUAGUGCAACAGGAGGGCAAAAGGCAUUUCAAGUUCAUGGAGGAACCUCACGUCGACUUUGAAGCUCAAAAUUUGAGCAAACCUGACGACUGGAAGGAUGUCCAUGAAAACUUGCUUCAAGUAAGGUUUGAUAGUGUCAACGGGCCUCUGUGGAAGGUCAAGUUUUUGCGCCUACCUCACUCAACGGGCAAGAACGAAGGCGGUGAGGACAGCGAGUUUGGGCAUGCCAAUAUCCUCAUGUUCGUGCUGCAUCAUUGUAUUACAGAUGGGAAGUCAAACAUCAUCAUGCUUACUCGUCUCGUCCACAUUUUGAAUGCAGUAAUAAGUGGAGAUACAGCAUCCAACUAUAGAGCACUUACUUCCAAAAGAAAGCAUAAAGUUCCGUUUGAAAGACUAUCUUCAGGUUGGAAAAAUGAUCUAUCAUAAUAUGUUUCCUCAUGAGAAUUUGUUCUUGAAGAAAUUUCCAGCACCGCAACUAGCUGAAGGCGACAUGGGCCGCAUGAGGGUUAUUCCUUUGGAGUUGUCAGUGCCUGAGACGGAGAACCUUUUGUUCAAGUGCAGAGAGCAUGGUUCCACUGUGGAAGGCAUGCUCUUAUCAGCCGCCAACAUUGCAAUGUCUCGACUGAUCAAUGAAGGCGCCACCCCACUCUCUAUGACCUUUCAUUCUACGCACGCCGUUACCUUGCGCCGGUAUGUCCCAACAGACAUGAGCAACACCCUGGGGUGCUUUAUUAGUGUCCACGAACUCGCCUUGAACACUCCAGCUGAUACAAGUGACCAGUUCUGGCCGCUGGCUGUACGAGCCACCAAAGAAAUCCACGCCGUAUUGGACAAUGGCGGACUUCUUCAAGAGUACCGUGCGAUGCUAAGAUUAUUCUCUGACAAAACCGUCAAGAAGAUAAUGGCAAACAAAGUAGCUGAAAACGAGUAUGAAACAUCCAACAUCGGGGACUACGACCUGGUAUUUCCAGCGGAGGAUAAGCAUGUGAAGGUCACCAAAGUCGUCAGUUCUACGGCCAUGCAGGACCUACACACGCCAUUCGUGCAUUACUUGCGCAAGUUCCGUGGGCGGUUUCUGUAUAACCUUGACUACGCCACCAACUGGACGUCCACCGAAAACGCGCACAAGUAUGCUAAUAUGACCGUUCAGCUGAUGAAGGAAGCUUCCAGAAGAAAUAUGUGCACUUUAUCUUCUGUGGCCGCAAACCUCCCUGCCAGUUCGUUUCAUAGACGCAUCGGUAUGCCUUCUACGCCUAGGGUAUGCGGGUUCAUACGCUUCAGCAGAAUUUUGCGUUACGUACGAUGAUGAACUCUCCAGAAAUUGUCUUUGGCAAAAUUAAAUUUCCACGAUAUAUACCUUUCCCAAUAUAGACAUGUUAAAUACUAGAAAUUUAUAACCUUCAAUGCAGCCUCCGUGGACUGGAGUAAAACUAUGUAACUUUUAUUUAGGCUUUAUACUUGCACUUUUGUUGGAUUCUAAAAUGCUUUGUUCAGUUCUCAGUACCUGUAGUUCAUUGAAAUUGCAAGUAGAUUAAAUACUUGCUAAGGUAUGAACCGACUAAUACCGCAAGUGGGCCUUAAAUUAACUGAGUUUUCCAUUUGUAUUUCCAUCUGUACACACUUAAAUAAAACAAUAAUUUCAGUGCCUUUAACGCGUUGUCAUGUUACACGUCAGCAAGAUUUCCAACUUCCACGCUCUCUCUCUCUCCUGGUUUAUGUCCAUUUCAUGUGUUAGGACUACAUGUUAUGCAAAGUUUUUACACGGAUAUCCGUCCG